AUGUUCCCGGAGUGCUCUGAGGAGGUUCGGGAGAGUCUUCUCUCCUGGAUCGCCGCUGCGCUCCCUGGAUCGACAGCCUUCAACGGUGCUGUUCCGCAGUUCGACGCAGCCGCGGGCGAACCGCUGCGCCUGCCGCGCAGGACGUAUCAUCGUCACAUCUACUCCUGGACCUCCGCCGCCGACGCACGCAUCUUCCGCGGGCUGUUCGCGAAGCCUUUCAUCGCGCGGUUCAACAACAGCCGCCCGAUCGAAGUCAAGCUUUAUGUUGAUCCCUACCCGGAUUUCUCGGCCGCGAAAGCUCGCGGUGACACGUACGCGGUGGUGCGGAACGUGCCGCUUGGCGUCCAGCCUGAGGACCUGCGUGAGACCCUGCUCUGCGGCAAAACCGAGGACGAUCUCCCCUGGCUCGCGGACCUCCUGCACUUCCACCGGCUCAAGGAUCCCUACGACGACUCGGCCUACUCUCAGAUGCUCGGUCUCCCCGUCGCGGCAGAAGGCGACCCUGCCUUCGAGCGCAUUUCGGCUGUGCUCUGGAUCCCGGGACAGGAGGAACCUGCCUUCCUGAACCUCUCGUGCCACUCCUGCUCCCUGUGCUCAAGCAAUCAUCGGCUCGAGGAUCACGCCUGCUUCGCCAUCACCCGAGGCAAACGGGUUGCCAACAGGCAGUCCAUCACCAUGUCUGCGCUGCAGGCGGUUAACGGCAAGCUCCUUGGUCAGCACGCCUCCACGGCGGCGUUCAAAAAGGACCCCGGCCUGCUCCUCAUCGGCCUGGACCUCGACGUGGAGGUGUGGGCCUGCUCUAUCUGCGACUUUGUGUGCGGCAUUGCGCUCGACAGUGCGAUGUUCCACCUUUCCUCCGAGCAGCACCGCAACAGGCUGCAGGACCCUGCGCACCAGAAUGUCUCCAAGGACAAAUAUGGGGCCUGGAAGGCCGAGACCCUGGUGCAGCAUCACCGCAUCAAGGCUCUCUUGCAGUAG